CCUUUGCCUUUGCUUCCUCUCUCUAUCUCUCUCUUUAAAGUUUCCGUCGGAUCAGAGUCGCAGCGGCCGAAAGAAAACAAAGCCACCGAUUAGACAAACAAAAUCCCCAAACCGACGAAGAAGAAUACAUCAAUAUGUAUACACGCACGCAUAUAUAUAAUCUACCAUACACGCCUGCUUUGCUUCUUCAUUCACACAUUGCAUCCAACAGAUAGAUAUAUAUAUAUAUAGAGAGAGAGAGAGAGAGAGAGAUCGAAAGUUCUGUUCCUUUCGAUCGAUCUCCAUUUCUCUGCAGCUUCGCGAUUCUGUCCGGGUCCAAGCAGCUGCUCAAUCAGGAUGUCGCGAUGUGUUUCAUCCGCGGGGAGGAAUUUGUGGUUUUCGGAAGUGAAUUCGUGGUCGACGUGAAAAUUAGGGUUUUGGGGGCUUGACUGGCUGUGUUCGUUGGUGGUUGUUGCUGUUGUAGUGUUGGUGGUGGUUGGUAAUUGGAUGGGGAAUAAGUUGGGGAGGAGGCGACAAGUGGUGGACGAGAAGUACACGAGGCCGCAGGGGCUGUACCAGCACAAGGAUGUGGAUAUUAAGAAGCUGAGAAAGCUCAUACUUGACUCCAAGCUUGCUCCUUGCUACCCUGGAGAGGAAGACUGUGUCUACGAUCUCGAAGAGUGCCCUAUUUGCUUUCUGUAUUAUCCAAGUCUCAACCGCUCAAGAUGUUGCCUGAAAGGCAUUUGUACAGAGUGUUUUCUGCAGAUGAAGACUCCUAAUUCAACUCGUCCUACACAGUGCCCAUUCUGUAAAACCUCAAGUUAUGCCGUGGAGUAUCGAGGAGUAAAAACGAAGGAGGAAAAAGGGUUGGAGCAAAUUGAAGAGCAACGAGUUAUAGAAGCUAAAAUAAGAAUGCGGCAGCAGGAACUUCAGGCUGAAGAAGAGAGAAUGCAGAAAAGACAAGAAAUAACUUCAAGUAGAAUUGUGGAACCAGGGGAGGUUGGGUAUAGCACAGCAGCAGUACCAUCAUUCACGUCUUCUUUAGAAGGCGAUGAAAUUGUUUCUUCACAUGAACCAUGUCAAUCGAUGAGGCAACCUCUACGCCCCAGGCAGAACAGGGAUGAUGAGUUUGAGCUGGACCUCGAGGAUAUAAUGGUUAUGGAAGCCAUCUGGCUGUCCAUUCAGGAGAAUGGCAGACAUAGGAAUCCAACAUAUGGCGAUUCAGUUUCAUCCGAGCAGUACAUGACAGAAGACCGGUGUGAUUCGCUAGUCAUGCCCCAGAUGGUUGAAUCAUCAUCUUCACCAUCUGGAGGUCUGGCUUGUGCAAUUGCAGCCUUGGCCGAGCGUCAGCAAACAGAUGGGGAAUCCUCUACCAACUAUGGCAGCAAUAUGACGACGUUUAGCAUGCUCCCUGGCUGUAGCCGAUUCAACAGUAGGGGGGAGCAAGUGAUGGAGAGCUAUGUUGGAAGCUCUGCUAACAUUUUACCAGAUGACCAGCUGACAAUCCCCAGGGAUGACACAGAGUGGGGGCUAGAUCAUGAAUCGGAGGUGGCUGAAGUUGGGACCGCCAGUCAUGCGAGUUCUGAUACAGCCGCAGAAGAUGCUGGUGGUGGACUCACUACAUUGCCAUCUCAACAUGAAAUUGAGGGUGGUUUCCAAGCUGUUGGAGGACCGAUCGUUCCAGAGAGUUUUGAGGAGCAGAUGAUGUUGGCAAUGGCGGUUUCCUUGGCUGAGGCGCGGUCCAGGACCAAUGCUCCAGGAGUUAUGUGGCAAUGGUUGUAAGGUGAAGGUAAUUAAGGCUACCCCCCCCCGGGGGUCUCUCCCACAUAUACAGAUGUAAAAGGACCCGAGAUGAUUUUUAGUGAAUGGAAGGUUCCUGUUCAUUCUACUAAAAAUGAUUCCGAAGUUUCAUUCCACUAAAAAUGAUUCCAAAGUCUUAUUCUAGCAUAAUCUAGCU